AUGUCGAACACCAAUGCCACUCAGGCGUUAACUGCACGCUUGGACUGGAGCGACACAACGGCGGCUGGCGCGGACUUCUACGUGGUCCUCGGGACGAGUACCCCGUCGCCUUCGAAACCAACUCGCGCCAAACUUGAACCUCGCCUGAAUCCAAGGUAUAUCCAAGACGGCCCUCGACAAUCCGGUUGCAAGAUGUCGCUCGGACCAUCGCCAUUCGGGUUGCAAGGCCAGUGCAAGGUGUUGGUUAACAUCGGCGACUAG